UACCGAAAGUAUUUUUAAAACCAUUUCCAUUCUCCGUCAUUCUCCCUCAUUCAUUUUCAGUCUUUCGGAACAAGCGUGGAAAGUGGGUCUGUUAAAGUUUUUUUUCAAGAUAUAGCAUCGUAAAUAUACAUAUACAUAUAGAUCGGGCGAGAGCAAUCGAAAUCUUUCAAAAUCAAAUCUUCACUUUCCUUGGAAAAAAGUGCAAUAUGACCGCCAUAGGCACCAAUCAUCUGUACGAUGAACCCAUGGUAAUGGAGGAAUUCAUCAGCUGUUAUCGACAUUUCACCGCUUUGUGGGAUAGCAGCAGUCCUGACUACCUGUCAAAACAGAAAAAGGAACCCGGCUAUCAGGAACUAUUGAAAAUCCUAAGACGCGUCAAUGGCGGUUGUUCCGUUCAGGAUGUUAAACGCAAAAUCAACUCAAUCAGAUGCUGCUAUCGUCGCGAAAUCAAGAAGGUACAGGCCUCCACGGUUGGCUAUAAGCCGCGUCUCUGGUGGUUCCAUCUAAUGGACUUUUUGAAGCCGGUCCUCAACAUCACGUCGCCGGUCAGGGUGAAAUCGGAGAGCAUGGACGACAGUCCCGACGAGACUAGCAUUCAUGACGAUGAUAUGUUUUCGGAGUCCUUUCAUACCGAAGAGGAUGUACUACGUCUUGAGGUCGGGGCCGAUGUCGAAGCGGAACCCGAACCGGAACCGGAACACGAUCAGGAACCCGAGGUGGAAACCGCUAUACGCCUCAAAUCGGAGCACAAGGUCGAAGAUUAUCAGGCGAAUUCUUUGGUAACCGUGAAGAGUAGUCCGUAUGCCAAUACGUCAAGUUCCUCCGCCCACCUGCGACACAAUUCCGAACCGAUGACUCGUAUCCGUAUCCGGCGAAGACGUAGCAGUAAUGACACCGAUUACGGGCAAUCAGCGAGGAAGCGUAGAGUCGAGGAGAUACCGGAUAGGGAUAGGGAUCGGGAAAGAGACAUAGAACGGGGGCGAGAUAGAGAUAGGAGCAGGGAAAGUGAGAGCGAGAACGAGUGCGACCUAAUCGGCAGGCGGAUGGCCACCCACUUCCGGCACAUGAGACCGGAUCAGCGCCUCUUCGCCGAACGGAUCAUCAGUGAAGUGCUUGUCUACGGCCGGAUGAAUCGUCUGUCGUUCGAGGCCCGCUUUCUUCCGGCGGGAAAAUAAAUACUGCCUUGUAAAAUCCACAAAACAACUUAGUUUUUGGUCCUAUUUCGAAUUAUAAUAUUAUUUUCAGAAAUAUUUCUGUACCAAGUAUUAAUAAUAUAAUUUCGUUCAAACCCCUUUUUCUUUCGGCGGGAAAAUAGGUAUAGCCUUGUAAAAUCCCCAAAACAACUUAGUUUUUGGGCCUAUUUCAAAUUCCAAUAUUAUUUUCAGAAAUAUUUCUGUACCAAGUAUUAAUAAUAUAAUUUCGUUCGAAGCCCUCUUUCUUUCGGCGGGAAAAUAGGUAUAGCCUCGUAAAAUCCCCAAAACAACUUAGUUUUUGGGCCGAUUUCGAAUUAUAAUAUUAUUUUCAGAAAUAUUUCUGUACCAAGUAUUAAUAAUAUAAUUUCGUUCGAAGCCCUCUUUCUUUCGGCGGGAAAAUAGGUAUAGCCUUGUAAAAUCCCCAAAACAACUUAGUUUUGGACCUAUUUCGAAGUUCAAUAUUAUUUUCAGAAAUAUUUCUGUACCAAGUAUUAAUAAUAUAAUUUCGUUCGAAGCCCUCUUUCUUUCGGCGGGAAAAUAGGUAUAGCCUUGUAAUAUCCCUAAAACAACUUAGUUUUGGACCUAUUUCAAAUUCUAAUAUUAUUUUCAGAAAUAUUUCUGUAUCAAGUAUUAAUAAUAUAAUGUCGUUCGAAGCCCGCUUUCUUCCGGCGGGAAAAUAAAUACUGCCUUGUAUUAUCAAAA